AUGGCUGGGAAUGUUCCACUGUCCUCUGUCUGGCACCUGGGCAUCCCCAAAGGCACCUGGGCAUCCCUGGGGCCAUGUAUCUCCUCCUCACUGCAGACAGUGGCAGAGCUCAACAGGUUCUUCACCAUGGCAGUCUUCACCUUCUUGGCGCAGCACACAGCCGUCAAAAACAGGCAGCAGAUCAUCUUCAUGCCCUUUACAUCCCUUGCAAGUCUGCAGCUCUUGCACUUCUUGCUCUUCCUGGGCAUCUACCUGGCUGCCCUCCUCAGCAACAUCCUCAUCACCACAGCUACAGCCUGCAACCACCACCUCCACACCCCCAUGUACUUCUUCCUCCUCAGUCUCUCCAUCCUGGACCUUAGCUCCUUUUCCACCACUGGCACACUCAUGGGCAGCAGAGCUUGUGUUAAAAUGGCAGUAGCUGCCUGGGGAAGUAGUUUUCUGAGUUCAGUGCUGAACACAGCUAAUACAUUUUCAGUUACGUUCUGUCAAAGCAAUGCCCUGGGCCAGUUCUGUGAAAUUCCCCAGAUCUUCAAGCUCUCCUGCUCAGAUGCCUACCUCAGAGAAGUUGGGGUUCUUGUGGUUACUCUUUCUUUAGUUUUUGGGUGUUUUGUUUUCAUUGUGCUGUCCUAUGUGCAGAUCUUUGCAUCUGUGCUGAGGAUCCCCUCUGAGCAGGGCCGGCACAAAGCCUUUUCCAUGUGCCUCCCUCACCUGGCUGUAGUCUUUCUGCUUGUCUGCACUGGCAUGUUUACCCAGCUCAAGCCCUCCUCCAUCUCCUCCCCUGCUCUAGAUCUGGUGCUGUCUGUUCUGCACACGGUGGUGCCUCCAGCAGUGAACCCUCUCAUCUACAGCAUGAGGAACAGAGAGCUCAGGGGCACACUGAAAAAACUAAUUUGA